AUGUCAGUUGGUUUACAACCAAGUUCGCCGGACUUUGUUCAGGAGAAAACUUCUAUUCAAGAACAGAAUAAAAGAAUCACCUCUAAAAUGACAGAUUUAGUUCCUCUUAGCGAGGAAGACGUUUUUUUGUCGGGUAUUGCUGACAAGCAUCCGAGAGAUAUGCCGGAGAUGGCAUUUGUUAUUGCCUUUUGCGUCCAAUACAACGAAGCGGUUGGAAACCUAGCAUUCCUUCCAGAGGAGUUAGAAGAUGCAAUUGUGUGUCGCGAGCCAGUUGACCUGGUUGAGCGUGUUCAUCGCUACUUCUUGCGGAAUGUUUUGAACUUACCAAAGAUAGUCGAUAAGCGGUAUUGGAUCAGGAAAUUGAGUGAGCACUUAUACGAAAAAAUUGAGAAAGAAGAGUUCGGUCUCUCUUACAACCCUUUUGAAAGGGUCGAUGACGCGUACCAUGAACUCUCGAACUUCGAGAAGGUCAUGAUCUUGAAAUAUCUUGUGAUGUGGCAGUUUAAAGGAUCUGAAAUGAUCCAAUCUCUCCGGGCCGAAAAUGUUGUCCGACCUGUUGAGGUAGAAGCCCUGGGUGUCGACACUAAGGGGUCAAUCUAUUUCUACUUGGGUGUUGGGGCUCGAUUAUACAGGGAAACUCCCGCAAAUGGAACUCAACAGUGCCUUUGGGAAGCCUUGACAACUGUAUUACGAGACCUUAAGGACCUCGUCGCUAGCCGUGUCGAAAUCGACCCUGAUCGUUCUGAAGAAGAACGUCUCCUGUAUAAGAGGAUUGCUGAGGAAUUAAUACCGGACUUAGAAAGUAAAGAGCGCUUAGAGACGAUCGGAAAUCAAGUCCUUUGUAGGAGAGGUUACAAAAGGGUUGCAAAUAAAAAUAAACUGUCAGUCCGGUACAAUAAACCACCUAAAAAGGUCCCAAAAAUUUCUUUGGUUGAAGAAAUCAAGUGCAAUCAUCCCGAUAUAAAAGAAGGUGCUGCUGACGAAAACACGGACUCUUUGUUUGAUGCUGAUGAAUUUGGUGCCGAAUCGAUCUUUCCAGUGUCGAUGUCUAAAUCGGUUACACAUCUCUCCCAGAUUUCGCAGCCAGCGCAGACAGUGCAUGACUUCAAGUGUCUUCCUUUUAAAUUCUCGCGAUCGGAUUCGAAUCAAGAGUCUUCAGUUGCGGCUGAUUCAACCAGCGCAAUUGAUUCAUUAUCUAUUAGUGCGACUUCCACAACGAUCAUUUCAAGCGGACGGGAAACCGAUCGAUCAAGUGACCAAAACCAAAUUAACUUUGGUAGGCAAAAUGCCGAACUCGUUGCAUUGAAAGAUGAAACUCGUAGAAAACGUUGUUAUUCCGAUGACUUUUCGGAAUUCAAACGACACAAGUUUGUCAAGCUACUUGACGACGACUUGAUGUUCAAAUCACAUGUCGAUAAUGAAAAAGCCGAACGACCCAAGAGAGAUAAAGGAAAAAGAGUUCUCCGUGAUUGUUUUGAACCUUCUCGGGUCCAGAAUGUUGAUAUAAAUAGAUUGAUCGUUAACGCUGCUACUCAUAAACCUAGAGUUGAUAAGGGUAAGGGUGUCCUCCGUUAUGGAGAACCGGUUAGAGGCAAUUCUGUAAAUCACGAUAAUGACACUAAUGGAUCAGCCAACCGCGAAAUCUUCAGGCCAGGACCAGAAGAACUUAUCAAGUUGGAGUGGUCCUUAAAUCACGUGUUCUUCGAAGAGUUGGAAAUUUUUGGCGAAGAUAGUGAUUCUGAACUUUCAGACUGUUGUGAUGAUUGUAUAAUGGAAAUCGAUCACUUCUCUGAGCUUUGA